UCCUCUCGGGCGUCUUCACCGACGUGGAAGCCUCCCUGAAGGAGAUCCAGGAGCUGCUGGAGGACGGGGAGGCCCAGGAGCGGAAGCUGCCGGAGACCCUGGGCCAGGCCCCGCCCCCUCAGCCUCCGGAGCCCCGCCUCUCCUCCGCCGCCGCCGCCGCCGGCCUGGCCGAGGUGGCCAAGGAGUGGUCCAAGUACCUGGAGGUCCACCGGGCGGCCAGCUUCACCAACACGGAGCUCCACAAGGCCAUGCACCAGCACAUCGCCAACCUCCGGCUGCUGAGCGGGCCCUUGGAGGGGGUCAAGGCCGCCCUGCCCGCCCCCAGCCUCUCGGAGGACGACCAGCAAGCCAUCCAGAACUUGAAGCGGAUGCUGGCCAAAGUCCAGGAAAUGAGAGACCAGAGGGCGUCCCUGGAGCAGCAGCUGCGGGAGAUGAUCCAGAAGGACGACCUGACCACCUCCCUGGUCACCACCGAUCAGUCCGAGAUGAAGGUGAGAAGCCAGGAUGCAAUCGUGGCUUAGCGUGGCCCCCAGGUGGAUGUCCCUCAGGCCUUGAGAAUCCGAGAGUGGAACGAGAAAGGCCUCGGCGGACUUCCACUCCCAGAAUCCCUCAGCCGGCCUGCUUUAAGACGGGUGGACUUCAAUUCCCAGAAGUGGAACACAACUCUACAGACUUUGGUGGCGUCGUAUGAGGCCUACGAAGACUUGAUGAAGAAGUCGCAAGAAGGGAAAGAAUUUUACGCCGACUUGGAAAGCAAAGUGGGGAAGCUUCUAGAAAAGGCCCAGGCGGCCUGCAAAAUGGCCGAAAGCCACCGCCAGCAGAUCUUGGAGAAGGAGAUGAAGAAGAAGACUCCCACCCGGCCCACCACCUCGAAACCCACCCUCCAAAAGAAGUCUUCAGAGGCCGAGCUCAGCUGCGAGCCGUUGAGCCUGGCCUCCAUUUCGCUCGCCGACUUGCCCGAGGAACUGCGCAGCCUCCCACCGGAAGUCCUGGCCGCUCACCUGGCGCAGCUCCCCGCCGAUGCGCUGGCGGCUCUACGUAGUGAGCCACCGUUGCCUGCGAUGGGGAUCCGGGGUCCCGCGGGCGAAACUUUUGGGGCAGGCAUUCCUCUCAGGCCUCCCUUUCAUCCGGGCCAGUUCCCGGUGACCGGACCCCCUCCCCAGCCGUACCACUCCACCAGGGUGCCCACCGUCUCUGGACACGCUCCUUUCCCCGUACUGGCUCCCCGAAGCUCUGCGCCGCCCCCUUUGCCGAAUUCACAGGUCUACCCGCCGGGGGUUACCGCCACCCCAGGUCCGGCCCACGUCUCACAACAGCCGGCGUACCGCGGGCCCCCCCUUCCACCCCCGAGGACGUCUCCACAGCACGUACCAAUGCCUCGUCCCGCCCCGGGGUCCGUUUAUGGGGUGGGACCGCUGCCGCCAUCUAGCGGGGUGUUGCCGGGAGGCCCUCCCACGCCUCUGGCCAUGAGGCCUCCGGCUCCGGUGCCCGGCCCCUUUGUUGCCCCCCAUUUUCCACCGCACACGCAGGGCAUCCGGCCCGCCACCACCACAGUGGACAGCCUGCAGGCCCCCAUCUCCAGCUGCACGGCACCGCCGGGGAUGACCGGUUCUCUCCCCCAGUGGACGGGGCCUCCUUCCCAAGGGGGCUUUGUGGGGGGGUCUGCCCCCUACCCUUUUGCCUAUGUCCCGGCAGGCACGGCGCCCUUCCUGCCUCCUUUCUCUGGCCCUCCGCCCCAGCCCGCCUUCCCGUCGCAGAGACCCCUCCGUCCGCCCUCCGAUCGCCCGGCUUGCUUGCCGGCGAUGCCCGCCGUGCUGCCCCCACAGCAGCAGCAGCAGCAACUGCCCCGUUUCCUGCCCCAGACCCAGCAACCGCAGCCGGCCUUCCCCCAGCCGUACCCGUCUCAGCCCCGCGGGCCACCGGCACUCCCGAAUCCAGUCCCCGUGCAUCCCGCUAGCCAAGGGCAGCACCCCCUCCAGCUGGGACCUCAACAUUAUCAGCUGCCACCCCACUCGGGCAGCUUAGCCUUCUCCGCCCCGGCCCCCAGAGGUAUGAUGGGCCCCGUCCUGCAGGUGCCCCUUCACCCUCCCGGCACAGCAGCCCCCCUCGCGUUCGCUCCUGUUGCUCCGACGUCAGCCCAGCUCCCGGGAGUCCCUGUAGCGCUGGCUGGCCCUCAGCCACCCCCGGUUAGCCAGCCACUCCACCAUGUUCCUCCUGCUCCUAGCCCGGUUGGAGGGGCAGUUCCCCCACCGGCCCCUUCUCCACGCCCCUCCAUGACCCUCCCACCCCCCUGCCUUUUGCCCUCCCAGCUGCCCCCCUCCUCGCUGACUCCCGGUCCUCCGUCCUUGUCCCACGGCGCCUCCGAGGUCCCCUUCCAGCGCCCGAGCAGCUCCACCGAUGACCUGCUAUCCUCCAGCCCCGAAAGCCAGCACGGGGGUCCCAAGGCGCCCGUCGGGCAGCCCCUCCUUCAACCCACCAAGGCCGACGCCAAGGACGGGUGGAAGCCCAAAGCCGUCCAGCUGAUCGAGAACGACCCGUACGAGAAACCCGAGCGUCUUUGGCGCCUCCUGUCCGAGCUGGAACGUUUCCAAGAAAGGGUGUCCCGGUUGGAAAAGAGCCCCGCGCCGGGCACGGUCAGCGAGCUGGAUAACAUCUGGAAGGAACUUCAGGACGCCCAGGAGAAGGACGCCCGCCAGCUGUCCAUCGCCAUUGCUCGUUGCUACACCAUGAAGAACCGCCACCAGGACAUCAUGCCGUACGACCGGAACCGAGUGGUCCUCCAGUCGGGCAAGGACGACUACGUCAACGCCAGCCGGAUCGAGGACCUCUCCUCCUACUGCCCCACCGUCAUCGCCACGCAGGCCCCGCUGGUGGGCACCGUCUCGGACUUCUGGCUGAUGAUCUACGAGCAGAAAGUCUCACUGGUGGUCAUGCUGGUCUCGGAGCAGGAGAUGGAGAAGCAAAAGGUGAUCCGGUACUUCCCCACGGAGCGAGGCCAGCCCGUGGACCACGGCCCCAUCACCCUGGUCCUCACCAGCCUGAAGGCGACGCCCACCCACCUGGAGAGGAUGGUUACGCUGCAGUUCCGCGAUCAGAGCUUGAAACGGACCGUGAUCCACUUACAGUUCUCCUCUUGGCCGGAGCUCGGCCUACCGGACAGCAAAAGCAAUUUGCUUCGGUUUAUCCAGGACGUGCACAGCCAUUACCUCCACCAGCGCCCCCUCCACACCCCAAUUGUGGUUCACUGCAGCUCCGGGGUGGGCCGUACGGGCGCCUUCUGCCUCCUCUACGCCGCCAUGCAGGAAGUGGAAGCCGGCAACAGCAUCCCGGACUUGGUUCAACUGGUCAAGCACAUCCGUCGGCAGAGGAAACACAUGUUGCAGGAGAAGGUCCACCUCCGGUUCUGCUACGAGGCGGUCCUGAAGCACGCCACGCAGGUGCUGCAGAGGCACGGGGUGACGGCCGCAGCCUCCACCAGCAAGCCGGCCAGCAGCAGCGCCCAGAAGGUAUAUCUCCAGCAGGACCCCCAGGAUCUGGUCUUGGGGGGCGACGUCCCCAUCAGCUCCAUCCAAGCCACCAUCGCCAAACUCAGCAUCCGGCCUCUCCCGGGCGGGGCCGAGGCUCCCCCCAACGGUCGAGGAUUCGAGCCGGCAUCCUCUGUUCCCCCCGUUGAUGCCGCACUCCUGCCGGCAUUGUCUUCCGCUGCUCCACGGAUCUUUCCCGAGCCGAGCUGUCUGGAGAGCGCGCCGGCGUUUUCUCCGCCCGCCACGCCUGCUCCGGCGUUGCUCGAGACGGUGGCCAUUCCAGCGGUAGAGAGGCGGGGCUCCGUGGAAGAGGAGACAAGCGAGGAAAAGACGGAGGGUUUGCCGAGUCUUCCGAGGGUGGAGCCAUCGGCUUCCACGCCGGCCCCGCCUACCUCCUCUUCCUCCUUGGAGCUCCUGGCUUCGCUCACCCCGGAGGCCUUCACCCUGGACAAUUCGCUGAAGGGCCGGCACAAAGUGAGCAAGCAGAGUUUCCUCCAUCCGCAGAACGGGGAGGGUCUGCGAGGAGCCCUCCCCAGCGACGACCCUCUCAGCAGGCUGGACCCCCUCUGGACCCUCAACAAGACCUGAGCGGUGGGCGGGCGCACCAAUGGCUGCCACGGCUCCCCCCUCUCCGUCCUCCUGGACGUUCCUCAUUUCGGGUGGAGUCCUGGGCAAGAUGGUGGUAAAUCGGUCAGCCACUGUGCGGCGAUGCUAACGCCCAAAACGGUUACUUUUCUGGUUGCCUUUUCUUUCAGCCCCAGGCAGGGCCACUGACCAGGACGAUCUGUCUUGUUUCGGUACGCUUCAGUGGCGAUAGUCGAGACGGGCGGGGAGAGGCGAAGCUGCGGCGCCAGCCCUUGCUCAAAGCUUUGGGGGCUGCCCUCCAGUCUGAUGGGGGGGUUGCAUAGAUGAUUCAGCUGUUCAACACACACAC